UAGUUUUCAACCGAUUCGAGAAGUAAUAAAUAAAAUAAUACAAAUACAAAUGUAACUCGUGAGAAAAUUUGUAGUCAAAAAUCAUUUUAAAACAUAUUGUGUGCCACUGACAAAAACUGGACGCAAAAGAAUGAAUGAACCGGAUCCUUUUCGAAUCUGAUUCGUGAACCGCCUUAACAGAAAUGAGUCGGAGUUCCCAUCACUGCUACGCGUCUCCCAACCACUAGGUAGCGAUCGUUUUGGGUGAUCUUUCUUCUACUCUCAGCGAAACACAGGAGGAAUACACGUGUGUUUCCGCACACGAAGAUUGUAUUACUGUUUAAAUAAUCUUGUAAUGUAUUGAUCGACACAACGCUGAUAAUGUCUGCGAUAAUAAGCAAGAAAACAGACGGAGGAGAUGCGAAGGCAGAAGCUUUCGAUAACGAAGAGGAUUCUCCCAUUGUGAGCCGCACACGGAGCGGUCGCAGACUGCGGACCCCCGCGGCCAAAACUCCCGUCCGCCGGACUAGAAAGUCUGUUGUCCGAGAAGAUCCGGCAGAAAACACCGAGUCUCGUCAGGAAUCACCAUCCGAUGACUGUACAGCAGAUACCAAAGGCGGUCAGUGCAGCUCGGCGAGAGAACCAGCGUGUCCUGAUAUGUGUACAUCAACACCAGAAGAUGUCAGUCAAGAGUCAGUACUGGACGCUGCAGGUCUGAUGGUGUCAGAUCAGGCCAGUGAGAAGGAAAAUGUGGUUAAUAACACAGAGACAGAAUCCACUGGUCCCACUGACCCCGAGAAAAGGGCCAAAAAAAGGACUCACCCAGAACCCAUUGAGAAGAAAAGUAAGAUGGUACCUCUUGGGAAACCUAAGUCUGGAAGAAUAUGGAAAGACAGAAAUAAGCAAAGGUUCUCCGCUCUGUUGAGAGACAAACCUCUGCGUUCUUCAUGGGAAAAGAAGAUGGAGGCCAAGAGAGAGAAGCAGCUGGUGAAGCAAUACCAACAACAGCUGAAAGAUGAGCAGACCAGAGAGAAAGAGGAGAAAAAGAGGAGGAGAGCAGAAAACCUGAGAAGACGAGCAGAAAAUGAGAGAAAAGCAGAGAUUGUGCAAGUGAUUAAGAAUACAGCAAAGAUCAAGAGAAUGAAGAAGAAACAGCUGAGGAAGAUCGAGAAAAGAGACACGCUGUUAGCGGUGCAGAAAACACCACCCAGUGUCAAGAAGGGAGCAGGGAAAACAAACAGCAGCCUGUAGAGAGUUUCAGUGCAGUGAUGCGAGAGAAUCUCAUCAGACUUUAACACACUGUUGUUGAUACACGUGUGUAGUGUCUGUUCAAUGAACUGGGAAAAAAGUCUGUGGAUUUGAUGUAAUAUUUGUACAGUAAAUUCAAAAGCAAAUAUGUUUUGUAAUCAUGGAAAAAACAUAUCACCAAUUUUUUUAUGUUAUUGUCACAUUAAAAAUGAUUUAAAUCAUUUUUUCAAUCAAUUUCUUCCUGGUUCAUGCACAUGAAAUUAUUUUCUUUUUGUUAUUGUUUUAUUGUAUGAUAUAAAGAAGUUUCAUUUUCAUUACGACCUUGGGACUUUCCACUCUUUUAUUCAUGGUUAGAUAUGGUUUGUUCUUUAUCUAGCCGGGAAGCUUGCACUUUUGGUAUCUUCGGUACUUUUCACAUGGUGAGGUGGAGUGAUUGGUACUUUUCAGUCCCAAACUAUUUUAUAUAUAUAUUAUAUGUUUAUAUAUAUAUAUAUAUACACACACACACACUAUAACUGCAGUAAUAGUAGGCAAAAGUAUAAUGUUCAGAAGUGGUGAUUUAAAGUUGUACUUGUGAAAUAAAAUGAAAUGAAACAAACGAGAAAAAUAUAACUAUGACUUGUCAGGUUUUUUUUUAACCAUUUCUGUCAGAUGUCCCUCUACUUAAAGUUUUAUCAUAGUUUUAUCUCCAGUUACCUGAGGUGAACUCGACAACGGGAAUCAAGCUAUGAGGUGAUUAUAGGGGGUGGAGUCUGUCACUAUAAAAAAAUAUAAAAGGGUACUUUCCAAAUACUGCCUUUAAAAGAAAAGGCACAAGAAACACAGAAGAGCAGAAAGAGAGCAUGGCUACUACUGUUCAUGCAGCAUUGGCUCGAUACCUUCAGCUUGAAGCUGAACCCAGGCAAUGUGUCAAAAGAGACCCCAAAGACACUGCGCCUGUCCACUUCCAGCCACUGGAAAACGCCACCCACACCGUUCUCCAGGUUCACGGGUCAGUUUCACCAGGUCCUAAACACUUUCCUGUGAAUGUCUUCAAUGGCUCCAAUGGUAUGACGAUUCCUGUGACUGUGAGGAGCACCGAUACCAUCGGGAAACUGCAGCAGAAGGUCUUGAAGCUGAGACCAGAACUUGGAGCAAGCCUGAAUCUGGUCUACAAUGGCAAACCGGUUCAGCAGUGCCAGACACUGUCCGAGCUUCAGGUGAAGCCAGGAGCCAUGUUCAUCACCUACCAGAAGUGCCAAGGAGGUUAACAAGGACGUAGAUCUAGAUCUACAUCUAUGUAUUUUGUCAUUACUCUCAAUUGUAAAUCAUACUGUAUCAUCAUGUGCCUUAAAUACAAACAUUUUCUUGUUACAUCAUAUAUUACUGUUAGCUAGUUUGAUGAUUCAUGUUGCCUGUCAGGACACACACAACUCGAUUUAAUCAUCAGGAAUGUAACAAGCUGUGAAGGGUUAAAUGAACGGGUAUUUUCAGGAAAUAAACACAAAACCAUUUCGCUUUCAGUUUUAACCGGAACACUUCAAGACAUAAUCUUCAACAUUUGUAAACAACAUUAAACGGAAGUAGCAGAAAUAACAAAACCAUAGCUAGAAGAGGAAACUGGCUAGCGCAUCUUAUUUUGUAAAACAUGCAACUUUUUGUCAUAUGCAACCUCAUAACAUGUACGAACAGCUGUUUUGAAAGAAAUGUCCUAAAUGAAUAUGUAAAUGGAAGCGUUAACCGUUCAGCUUAUAAUGUGAUUUUUUUACAUGUUUUUAAAAAGACUGUAAUUGUUAUUUGCACUACAUGUAAAUUUGAUUCGCGUUACAUUGAAAAUAAAUAUAAUAACUAAACCUCUAGUAAUAAA